CCCGUAGGCUUUUAAGAAUUUAAUGAAAAUUUAAACGCCAUUUUUUGAUCUUUGAAAUGAUUCAAACUGAAUUUCUUCCAUUACUGAGUGAAAAUCUCUUUAUCUGAUCACCUUGCCUCUCCCAUCCCCACAGAGCCUGCUGUUCUCCACUACUUCUCAGCUGGAUCUCACACUUCGAGGAUGGGAACUUCUUUCUGAUGCUGGUGAUUAAAGAUUGGAUUUUCGAGGAUGGGGCUUAGAGAUAGUGUGGACAUGAAAGCGCUCAGAGCGAAGUUCAGAGUAGCAACUGUGGUUAUAAUAUCCAUAUGCAUUGGGCUUAUGGGGGUUUAUUAUCUGUUGAAGCCAGUUGUAAAUGGUUGUGUGAUGACGUAUAUGUACCCGACAUACAUUCCUAUCCCCACGCCGAAGAAUGUGUCGACAACAAAAUAUGGGUUAUUUUUGUACCAUGAAGGCUGGAGAAAGAUUGAUUAUGAUGAUCACCUUAAGAAGAUUAAUGGUGUGCCAGUUCUUUUCAUCCCAGGCAAUGGUGGAAGCUACAAACAGGUCAGAUCCAUUGGUGCAGAAUCUGAUAGGGCUUAUCAAGGAGGUCCACUUGAAUGGAACUCUAACCAGGCUUAUCCACAAUUGGGAGAGGGCGUGGAUAUUGAUUUGAAUAACAUUUUGUUACCCAGUCAAUAUACUUCCAUGCUUGAUUGGUAUGCAGUGGAUCUUGAAGGUGAACAUUCUGCAAUGGAUGGUCGGAUUCUUCAAGAACACUCGGAAUAUGUAGUAUAUGCCAUUCACACGAUUUUGGAUCUUUACAAAGAAGCACAUGAUGCACGAGCAAAAGGCCGUCCCCCUAAAAGUGUGAUAUUGGUUGGUCACUCAAUGGGUGGUUUUGUUGCUAGGGCUGCAGUAGUGCACCCCCAUUUGAGAAAGUUUGCUGUUGAAACUAUUCUGACGCUCUCCACACCCCACCAGUCUCCCCCUGUGGCAUUACAGCCAUCCUUGGGCCACUAUUAUGCACAAGUAAAUCAGGAAUGGAGGAAAGGAUAUGAGGUCCAAACCUCUCGAACUGGACGCCACUUGUCUGAUCCUUUGCUUUCCCAUGUCAUCAUCGUCUCCAUUUCUGGUGGUUAUAAUGAUUACCAGGUACGCUCGAAAUUAGAAUCCCUUGAUGGAAUUGUUCCUCCCACACAUGGCUUUUUCAUAAGUAGCACUGGUAUGAGAAACGUGUGGUUGUCAAUGGAGCACCAGGUUAUCUUAUGGUGUAAUCAGCUAGUUGUGCAAAUGUCUCACACUCUCCUCAGUUUGAUAGACAUGAAGACAAGUCAACCUUUAAAUGAUGUGCGGCAAAGACUUGGAAUAUUUAAGAAGAUGCUUGAUAGUGGAAUUCCGAAGAACUUUGCAUCCACAGAAUUGCAACUAGCACAUAAAUCUGACCAUAUCCAUGAUAUAAAAGAGAAAGUGAAUCCUGAAGGAUUGGGUUCUGGAGUAUCGGGUUGCCCAAGUAGUAGCCAAUGGAGCGAUGAUGGACUUGAAAGAGACCUGUACAUCCAAACCAGUACUGUCACUGUUUUAGCUAUGGAUGGGAGAAGACGAUGGUUGGACAUUCAAAAACUGGGUCAGGAUGGAAAAAACCACUUUGCUUUCGUCACAAAUCUUUCACCUUGUUCUGGUGUGCGACUGCAUCUUUGGCGAGAGAAGGGAACUUCAGCUUCAGAAGUUUCAAUGAACAAACAGGUUGUUGAAGUCACAGCUAAAAUGGUCCACGUUCCAUCUGGACCAGCCCCAAGGCAGAUUGAGCCAGGUAGUCAAACUGAACAAGCUCCUCCAUCUGCUAUAUUUUGGUUGGGUCCUCAAGAUAUGCAUGGCUUUCGGUUUCUGACAAUUUCUGUGGCUCCUCGUCCGACUGUUUCGGGGAGACCCCCACCAGCCGCGUCCAUGGGAGUCGGACAAUUUUUCAAUCCAAAGGAUGGGGAGAAAAUUUUCUCUUCUUACCAGUUGAUCAGUUCAUUAUACACAGAACAGCAGGAUAUGACUUUGAAGGAAGAUCAUCCUCUUGCUCUCAGUCUUACAUUCUCUGCUAGCUUAGGUCUUCUCCCUGUUUCUUUAUCCAUCACAACAACUGGCUGUGGGAUUAAAAAAUCGGAAUUUCCCAUUGAAGAGUCUGGAGAUGAGGAAACAAGUAGACUUUGUAAGAGGCGCUGUUUCCCACCUGUCGCACUUGUUUGGGAUGCGACAUCUGGCCUACAUGUAUUUCCUAAUUUGUAUUCUGAAACAAUUGUUGUUGAUUCUUCUCCGGCACUCUGGACUUCUUCUCAAGAUUCUGACAAGACGACUGUUUUGUUACUGAUAGACCCACAUUGCUCUUACACAAGUACUAUUGGUGUUUCUGUUACUGCUAGCACUGGUAGAUUCUUGCUUUUAUACUUCUCUCAGAUCAGUGGUCUAUGCUUUGCUGUUGCAUUUUUCGCUCUGAUGCGGCAAGCAUAUGCAUGGGAACUUGAUCAGCCUAUACCAUCUCUGCUAUCUGCUGUUGAAUCAAACUUGAGAAUCCCUGGGGCAUUCUUCUCCCUUGCCAUAUUGCCAAUUUUCUUUGCCAUUCUCUUGUCUUGCCUAAGCUCUCAAGCCCUUCCUCCAAUUAUAAGUUUCCCAAUUGUCUCAAUCCUUUGUUAUGUUUUUGCAAAUGGCGCGAUAGUUCUGUUGAUAUUACUUUCCCAAAUGCUGUUUUAUGUGGCUGGCCUUCUCCAUGUAGCUGUCAAGAAAUGGUGGCAAGUUUGUGAAAGGAACUUUUCCUUUCAUUUUCUCCAGCGGUUCAUAAAUAUAACCUCCAGCUUUGCAUCUAUUAAGGUGGUAAGGAUUUUGAUGGCGAAUCCUCUCCUUAUUACGUCAUGGCUUGCUAUUACGUUGGUGUGUCUUGUGCAUCCAGCACUCGGUCUGUUUGUAUUGCUCUUAUCACAUGUUCUAUGUUGCCACAGCGCACUGUCCAGUUUUUUGAUGGCUUCAUUUCGCAGCCAUGUCCAGACCAAGGAGUUUUAUGAAUCUGGAAGUGAAGGCGAAGGUAGUUACGAUAAUAAUAGCAAGUUGUUCCCGACAAAUGAGACGCGUAGUGGUAGCCCCAAAUACAGAAGAAGCUAUGGCGAUGCACAAUUAGAGAUCUUCCACCACCGGCAUGGGUUACUUGUUUUACAUUUGCUCGCAGCAUUAAUGUUUGUCCCUUCACUUGUGGCCUGGCUUCAGCGGAUUGGUAUUGGGCAUAGGCUUCCGUGGUUAUGGGAUUCUAUACUUAGCAUGGGAGUGGUGCUGCAUGGUUUAUGCAAUUCAAAGCCCGAAUUCAGCUUCUAUCUCUUUCCCAUCGGAUCCUGGGAAAUCCAACUAAGCUUUGUUUAUCUGCUUGCUGGAUUUUAUUCCUAUCUUUCAGCUUUGGCAUUAGCUCCGUAUAGAGUGUUUUAUGCAAUGGCUACCAUCGGACUCGUCUCCUUUGCCUUCAGACUCAUACAGAGGAACAACGGCGACACAUAUCACCGGACCAGAAAACAUUCCCAUAGACAUUGAUUACAACUCAGAACUAACUCUGAGAUGUUGUACGAAUGUGUAUUUCUUGCUUCAUUAUUAAAUUUUGAUAGAAAUUAAUUCCUUAGGCUUUCUUGUCUAGUCUCUAAUUUUGGCACAAGUUUUGAACUAAGUUUGAGAUUUUUUUUAUCUACUGAAUAUGCAUUGUAAAAUUUUAUUUUCUUAUUAUUUUAGUUUAUUUUGCGACUAA